AUGUCUCCUUUUCCCCUACUUGUGCUCUUAAUCCUAACCCUAAGUUUCGCUGAUUCUUUUAAAGUUCCUUUCAGAGUCAACGAUGUGUUACCAGUUCUCCCCCCUGGGAUUUCAUGGCCUGUGCUCAAUAAUUUCCAUAGUGCCGUUGAUUUGCUUCCUUCGUUUGUUGGAUCGGUGACUCCGUAUAAUGGUUCCAUUGAAUGGAAAGGUGCUUGCUUUUUUGAUAAUCAAGCCAAACUUGAGUUCACUAAUCAACACAACAAUGAUUCUGGCUUGGGUGGUGCCAUUCUCUAUCUCAAGACAGACGAAGCACACAGCUGGACCUGCAUGGAUCUGUAUGUUUUUGCAACUCCGUACAGGGUUACAUGGGACUACUACUUCUCUGCGCGAGAGCAUACCUUGAAGCUUGAUUCUUGGGAAGAGCCCGCAGAGUUGGAAUAUGUAAAGCAGCAUGGAAUUUCUGUGUUUCUAAUGCCAGCAGGCAUGCUCGAUGUUCAUUCUGGAGAUUUUUUGGCUGUGUCAAAAAUCCGCGGUAGGUGGGGAGGUUUUGAGACACUUGAAAAGUGGGUAACUGGUGCAUUUGCUGGUCAUACAGCAGUUUGCUUAAAGGAUGAAAUGGGUAAUUUGUGGGUUGGUGAGUCUGGGCACGAGAAUGAAAAGGGUGAAGAAAUAAUAGUGGUAAUUCCAUGGCACGAAUGGUGGGAGUCUGCUCUUAAAGAUGAUUCCAACCCACAGAUAGCGUUGCUUCCCCUGCAUCCAGAGUUGCGUGCAAAAUUCAACUCCACUGCAGCAUGGGAGUAUGCGCGGAGCAUGUCUGGCAAGCCAUAUGGUUAUCACAAUAUGAUAUUCAGUUGGAUUGACACAGUAGCGGAUAAUUAUCCUCCACCUCUUGAUGCUCACUUGGUAACUUCUGUCAUGUCUAUGUGGACAAGGAUGCAGCCAGCUUAUGCUGCAAACAUGUGGAAUGAAGCACUGAACAAGCGGCUAGGGACCGAGGAUUUAGAGUUGCAUGACAUUCUACUCGAGACUGAGAAGCGUGGGAUAACUUUUGAUGAAUUGCUUGCCAUUCCAGAACAAGAUGAAUGGGAAUAUAGUGAUGGCAAGUCCACAACAUGUGUGGCAUUUAUUCUUUCAAUGUAUAAAGAGGCUGGAAUAUUCGGUCCCAUUUCUAGCUCCAUUCAAGUAACUGAAUUCACAAUUCGUGAUGCAUACAUGCUUAGGAUUUUUGAAGAUAAUCAGACACGGCUACCAAGAUGGUGCAACAAUGGGAAUGACAGGCUUCCAUUCUGCCAGAUUCUUGGUGAAUAUAAGAUGGAAUUUCCGGGCUACAACACCUUGGAUCUGUAUGCUAAUAUGAAUGAGCACUGUCCUUCCCUUCCUCCAACUUAUGAUAGGCCUUCCCAAUGUUAG